CCCUUCUUGAUAUCACCGCCAUUAAGGUAGAAGUCUCAACGGAGAACGGGAUGCUGAAGCUCUGCGUGUUCUGGGUUGCUCUCUUUAGAGCCCAUGGCAGUGUGCUUUUUGCCAGCCUGGGCGACCACGUCACCCUGCCCUGCAACUUUGCCCCGGACGCCAAAUAUCUGUGCUGGUACAAGCAGGUCGCAGGAGACAAACCCCAAAUCGUGUUCAGCUUCUACGUCUAUGCGCUCAACUCCCACAGUCACCAGAUGGCGACGGAAUUCAACAAGCGGAUGAUAAUUCACGCCGGACAAAAUUCCUUCCAUCUGAACAUUUCCAACGUGCAGCUCUCGGACACGGCCAUGUACUACUGCGGGCAGAGCCGCCUCAACGUCAUGAGCUUUGACAGCGGAAUCUUUUUGCUCGUGAAAGAAUCCACUCGCCUGUCCGUCCUCCAGCAUCCAACGUCCAUCACAGAGUCCCCGGGGGGGUCUGCCACAAUGAACUGCACCAUGCACCCUGGAAGCAGCGACGGGGUGCACACCGUCUACUGGUUUCGAAAGGCCUCGGGCGACUCCCACUUGUUGUACGUCCACUCGGAGAGCAGCAGCGGGUGCGCAACGGCAUCGGAGAAGGGUUGCGUUUACAUGCUGUCCAAACGGGACGUCGCCAUGUCUGACGCCGGGACGUACUACUGCGCCGUGGCCUCCUGUGGCGAGAUCGUGUUCGGAAAGGGGACGUGUUUGGAGAUCGGAGAUGAUAAGACAUUGACGGACAGAGUGUUGACGUACUGUGUGCGAGCAUCUCUGCUUGUGUCCUUCGGUGUCAAUGUCUUUCUGAUGCAUCUCCUUAUCAAAAGGAGCAGGAGAGACGACCUAGUCCAAGGUGAUACACAAGACUUGAUGGGUUUUUUUUUUGUUAUACUUGGACACGGAGAAGGAAAUUGUCAUUUGAUUCUCUUAACAGGGAAAAUACCACAGCCUAGCGAUCCAGAAGACAAUAGGGACGACGAGAGUGAGGACGCCGCAGCUUUGCCAUACGUGGCUCUGGACUUCAAAAAGAGGCAGUCCAACAGCAGGAGACACAGGGGCCCAGACGACAGCGUUUACUCCGGAUUGCGACUCCAACAGGUGGAUUGAUCAACAUCUGCAACGUCAAUCCCGCUUGAUGCCCAGCAGUUUUGUAACAUGUGAGACCUAUA